UCAGCGGUUAGAGAGAAGAGUGAAGCAAAAGGAGAACGUGAAACGCGGAGGAAUCGGGUAUCGGUAAAUGAGUUUAAGCGUACCGAGGUUGCCGGACUCUCAUCCCACGCGUCAGAUCCACGUACCCAGGCGGGUACGGUAGUUACUAGGGCACAGACCAGCGUCAAGAUAAAGUCAGUGAGAGCGGUACCCCAGGAUGCGCAGGAACGGGUGGUGCCGUUAGUGGUGUCCAACAGCUCGUCGGAGAGGCGAGUGAAGGGAGAAGGGGGCCACGAACACGGGCCCCAAAAGGGCCUGCUGGAUGGUCUAGCUCCCGAGCAGCCAUCGUCAGUGGCCGAUUCGCGGAUCGACUCGGUGGUGAACAAAGGAAACGAGACGAUCGAAUCGUCGUCUAUUAAGGAGGACCUCGGUACCGCGUGCGCUGGUCCAGGUCGAACGGAAUCGGAUGCUGGACGAGUAUCGACUUCCCUCACGGUGGACGAAUCGAAAGCCUGCGAAGCUUUGAGGAUCGAGUGCGGUGUAGCGUUGAAUCGUACGCCGGUGUUGGUCCAUCAGUGGCGACACCAGCAAGAGGAGGCGAACGCCGCGUUGGAUCUGCAGCUGAUAGCGGACGGCAGCUCGGAGGUCCGCUCGAAACGGUCGAGAAAAACGUCGGCCGACGUCGAGGAAUCGUUGGAAAGGAGAGGAGGACAGUGUCCGGCGCACAGCAGGCAUAGAGUGUCGGCGGCUGGCGUCUCGAGGCAUCACGCGGACAGCACGCGAAGGAAUUCCAAUCGAUCGUGUCGGGUUCAUGGUCGACGGAGGGACCGGUCGCGAGGUAAAGCCACGGAACGACAGAAUCAAGAUACGAGAGAUUUGACGGUGAACGAGUUCGAGUGUUCGGUUAUACGAUUGGAACAGGACCCGAUCCUCGAGCCGGUAAGAAUACUGGGCUGCCCGCCCGCCGAAGGACUCGAGAUAUCCUCGUUCCUCGAGCCAGCUCCCAGCUACGGUUAUCCGGGCAUCAACGUAUCUCGUAUAGGAAACGGUGAGGCAGCCUGCUUCAGCCUGUACGAUCCUAACAAUAUUCUACCGAAGAGCCGCGCCGGGAGCAUCGCCAAAAUCCUCGAGGGACCUAAUCGCGCGGUGAAGGACAUUAACCGGAAGGUGUUGGCGAUGGCGCGUGCCAUGACGCCCGCUUGGUCCCUACGUUUACUCGGCGUCAGCUGCGGUUCCGUCGUCUGCGCCUGGGGACUAUUGCUGAUACUGUCCGUGCUGGGCGGUGGCGCCUCUCAUGGUACCGCCCUCAGUGGAUUCGGUCUCGGAAGUUUGUCAGGAACUAUAGAGGACAUGAACAGUGUUAGAUGCCCUUGGUUGUGCACGUGUACCGGACAGGAGGUCGACUGCUCUCAUCGGGGACUCUUGCAGAUUCCUGGAGACCUGGCCAGCAUGCUCCUCGCCGAAAAACUGGACCUGCAAGGGAACAAUAUCUCGGUGAUAUUCAAGACGGACUUUGAAGACAUGGCCACACUUCACGUUCUUUGGCUAUCGGAUAAUCAGAUUCACACCAUCGAGAGAAGUGCCUUCCAUGAUUUAGUCGGUGUCGAGAAGCUGCGUUUGAACAAUAACCAGCUACGCCAUCUUCCUGAUCUUCUCUUCAGCAACAUGAUGAACCUGAAAAGACUGGACCUCAGUCAUAAUCAAAUCGCCACCAUUGGUCCGAAGACUCUCAGAGGAAUUUCAUCUUUGAAAUACUUGCUUCUCGAUAACAACGUGUUGACCUGCAUCGACGAAGCAUCGAUACGAGAAUUAAAGGACCUAGAAAUAUUAAUGUUAAAUAAUAAUAGGCUAACAACGUUGGGCAAAGAAAUGUUGAAUGGUAUGUCACAUCUGCGAACAUUGAAGCUAGUUGAUAAUGCACUUUCAUGCGACUGCCAUUUGGCCUGGCUUUCACGACACUUGAAGACCUAUCCUCGUCUUGGACAACAUACACGUUGCGCCUCCCCGAUUCAUUUAAAGGAUCGAAAUAUCGCUGAUUUACAGGAGCACGAGUUCAAGUGUUCCGGGCCGGUUCAGCGGACAGGAUCAGAGUGCAGCGCGGAACCGCAAUGCCCGCAUCCUUGCAGAUGCGCCGAUGGUAUCGUCGACUGUAGGGAGAAUUCUUUGACGAAGGUGCCCACCCAUCUUCCCGAGGACACGAACGAGCUACGUUUGGAGCAGAACAGCAUCACGGAAAUCCCGCCGAAGGCUUUCUCUCCGUACAGAAAACUACGCAGGAUCGACCUCAGUAACAAUCAAAUAAAAAAGGUGGCUGCAGAUGCGUUUCACGGUUUGAAAUCGUUGGAAACACUUGUUCUGUACGGGAACAAAAUCACCGAACUGCCGAACGGUUUGUUUCAAGGAUUAACCAAUUUACAACUACUGCUGCUGAACGCGAACGAGAUAUCCUGCAUACGGACCGAUCUGUUCCGAGAUCUGACCAGCCUGACUCUGUUGUCAUUGUACGAUAACAACAUCAGAUCCCUUGCCAAUGGAACUUUCGCCAAUCUACGGAGCAUUGAAACGCUACACUUGGCAGAAAACCCGUUCAUCUGCGAUUGCAAUCUUCGAUGGCUGAACGUUUACCUUCACGCGCACCCUAUCGAGACGUCGCAAGCUAAAUGCGAGUUGCCGGAAAAAUUGCACAAGCGGAAGAUCGAUUCGAUAAGGGACCACAAGUUCAAAUGUAAGGGCGACGAAGAGCUCUUGACGAAGAGGGCUGGCGAGUGUAUCCUGCCCGGCGAGUGUCCAGCCCCGUGCGUUUGCAAUGGUGCAACCGUCGAUUGCUCUAACAAGAAGCUAACAUCGAUACCAAAGGAACUGCCAAUCUACACAUCUACCUUACUGUUGGCCAACAACGAGCUGGAUAAGAUCAAAGCAGAUGGCCUGUUCGAGAAAUUGCCCGAGUUACAGCAUUUGGACCUGAGGAAGAAUAAAAUAUCGCGAAUCGAGGCGUCUGCUUUUCAAGGAGCCCAUAAACUCACCUAUCUACUCUUGUCGGAGAACAGGCUGAGGGAAGUUCACAACAAAAUGUUCACCGGCUUGACGAAUCUUAAGACUCUGAACCUUCACGGAAACGCUAUAACCUGCAUCAUGCACGGCUCGUUCGACGGAUUGACUCAUAUACGCACCAUCAACAUGCAAGGCAAUCCUUUGUCGUGUAAUUGUCAUCUCGCGUGGUUCGCCGGAUGGCUUAGGAAACGAGACAUGUCUGGCGUGGUGGGACACUGCCAUGACCCGCCACGAUUGAAAGACGCGAUCAUUAAGGAUAUACCUCAUCACGAGUUCAAAUGCAACAACGACAGCGUGGGUUGCUUGGGAGACGAUUACUGCCCACCCCAAUGUAAUUGCGCGGGGUCAGUGGUGAGGUGUUCGAGGUCUCAACUUACAGAGAUUCCACGUGGGAUUCCACCGGAAACCACCGAGUUGUAUCUGGACGUGAACGACAUCAAGACGAUCCAACCGGAGAGACUGAACCACCUGAGGAUUCUUACUAAACUGGACCUGAGCAACAAUCAGAUAGGAAUGUUGUCGAAUGACACCUUCAGGAACCUCACGAAAUUGUCUCACUUAAUUAUCAGCUACAAUAAGUUGCAGUGCGUCCAACGCAACGCUUUGGCCGGCUUGAAAUCACUGAGAAUAAUGUCUCUCCACGGCAACGACAUAUCGGUGAUCCCCGAGGGCGCGUUCGAGGAUCUUAAAUCUAUAACUCACCUCGCUCUGGGGUCCAACCCGCUCUACUGCGACUGUAGCAUGCGAUGGUUGGCCGAAUGGGUGAAAAAGGACUUCGUGGAAGCCGGUAUCGCGAGAUGUAUGGAACCCCCGGCGAUGAGGGACAAGUUACUACUGACGACACCUGCGAUCGCGUUCCAAUGCAAAACCAACCAACAGCCAGCCGAAGUCUUGGCCAAGUGCGACCUGUGCUACACCUCGCCGUGCCAAAACGGAGGAUUUUGCGAGGCGCUCCCGGACCGGAAGUUCCGUUGCAAGUGCGCGCCAGGAUAUCAUGGGGACCGGUGUGAACAUAAAAUUGACGCGUGCUUUGGAAAUCCUUGCCGGAACUCCGGAACAUGCAAAGUACUGGAGGAAGGAAGAUUCAGUUGCGACUGCGCCCCCGGGUACAAGGGACUUCGAUGCGAGAACAACGUCGACGAUUGCGAGAACAACAAAUGCGCCAAUAACGCAACCUGCGUCGACCUCGUACAAGCCUACAGAUGCGACUGCGUCCCAGGAUUCAUGGGCGAAUACUGCGAGGACAAGAUACCCUUUUGCACAAAAGGACACGACCCAUGCGAAAACGGGGGCCGAUGCGUCGAUCACGGGUCCCACUAUAGCUGCGAAUGCCCAAUCGGCUUCACCGGCCUCAAUUGUUCCACAAACUUGGAUGACUGCGUUAAUCAUAUGUGUCAGAACGGUGCUACUUGCAUCGACGGCAUAAACAAUUAUGAGUGUAAGUGCGCGGCGGAAUAUACAGGGAGAUAUUGCGAGGCAGCACCCUCCACUGCCAUGCUUUACCCACAGACUAGCCCAUGUGCCCACCAUGACUGCCAGCAUGGUGCAUGCUUCCAACCAGCUCCCGCUUCCGUCGCGGACUAUCUUUGCCAGUGCCACCCCGGCUACACCGGAAAACGAUGCGAGUACCUGACGAGUUUGAGCUUCGUGGACAACAGCUCGCUGGUCGAGCUGGAGCCACUACGCACGAGACCGGAAGCAAACGUGACCAUCGUGUUCACGACCACGCAGGAAAACGGGGUUCUCCUCUACGACGGCCAAAAUGGCGGCCACAUAGCCGUGGAAUUGUUCAAUGGACGUGUUAGGGUCUCGUACGACGUGGGCAAUUACCCAACAUCGACGAUGUACAGUUACGAAAUGGUAGCCGAUGGUAAGCCUCACGUGGCGGAGCUUCUGGCGAUCAAGAAGAACUUCACGAUGAAGGUGGACCGUGGUCCUGCUAGGAGCAUCAUUAACGAAGGUCCCAAGGAGUACCUGAAGCUUGUCACCCCCAUGUACAUCGGCGGCGUCGCGCCGGAAAUAGCCUACAUCGCGUUUAUGGAGUUUCACCUGAGAAACAUUACGAGUUUCCAAGGAUGUAUUUCUGAAAUGUGGAUCAACCACAAGUUGGUGGACUUCAGCAACGCGGCUAAAAUGCAUCGAGUAUCUCCUGGAUGCAUGUCGAACGAGGAAGAGGCUGACGAAGCGCGAGACGUCGUCGAGGCGGAUGGAAUUAUGGUUAAUAUUGGCAGCAACGAGGAUUCCAUGGCACAAGAGAACAUGGCUCACGAACAUUCCGACAUUGUGAUGACUGGACCAGACACGAUAAUAUCCGAUCCUUGUGCGGGACACGAGUGCAGAAAAGGUUCGCAAUGCGUGCCAUCGCCAGGUGGAAACGGAUACACGUGUCGAUGUCAAACCGGAUGGCAAGGACGGUACUGCGAGAAAGCACCGACUUGUCGUAAGGAACAUACUAGAGAGUAUUAUAGCGAGAACGGAUGUCGGAGUCGACGACCAGUUAAGCUUGCCAAGUGUUGGGGUAGUUGUGGAAACUCGUGCUGUCUGCCACGGAAGACAAAACGGCGCAAGGUACGAUUAAUCUGCGCGGACGGGAUGCGGUACACGAAGGACGUCGAUUUGGUGCGCAAGUGCACGUGCACCCGGAAGUGUUACUAGCCAGGAUCGAGGGACGUAGGGCGCCACAGGUGUUCCAUAAAUACGCGUCGAGGCGUAUCGAGACCGAGAGGAAACCCCGGAGAACCGAGACAGUGUCGCAAUUCGAACUUUCCAAGCUCGCGGACACGAGCGAUGCGCCGAGAGUCGAUUGGUCAUCCGUACAACCGUGUUCUCGACUCAUCCUCGUGGUACGCGUGACAAGAAGAUUUUUGGCCAAGCUGGGACUAUCUGCGAUUAAAAGAAAAAAAUGAAUAAAAAAACGAACUGUCAGCCAUGGCCGAAAUCUACGAUGGACAUAUGAAUAAAAAAAAAAAAAAAGAAAAAAGAAACACACAAGCCGGCUCAGUGUGAUAUGUAUAAUCGAACGAGCAGAAAGAAGUAUAUUAACUAUUAAUAUCGUGCGUACGUGGACUAUUGAUUACGAAGAACAAUUCAAUGCAUAACUAGGUAUUAUAUUAAUCGACGUGCAUAUGUUCAACGAUGAUUAGGAGAGUGGAUAACGGUGCGAGAACAUGGGACCGCUGAUCAUACACAUUAACGCAUGUACACGAAUGUGUUCGAAGAUUUGCUGAUACCAAGCAGAAUCGUUCGCUCAGUGUGAAAUAGAUCUAAUGGAUGAUAGCGAUUUAUUGUAAAGAAUUCACGUUUAAUAUUGUUGGGGUCUUUCAGACGUUUCCCUCUUCAUUCAGUGUGUUCCAUUGUCAAUGGUAGGAUACGAUCGAAGUUAUCUUUUGGAUCAAAAAGGUAUUGGCACACUUUACUUCUAUUAAAAUAAUUUUAUUUUAAAUAAAGCACACUGCAUUAAUGAUAUUUCAAUCUCAAUGUAACUAGAUGUGCCAAUACUUUCUGGAUUCACUGUAAUUACUUCAGAAUCAACUUUUCCGUUUUCCAAUGUGCCCACGAAUCGUUCUGAAAGAUCAAUAUAUUUCGUAGUAAGAUUUCACACUUUGUGGUGUAAAAGAAAGCUUUGCUAGCGAGUUUAAGCUUCGCGCAACUAUGUUUCCAGAUCCGUUGCAUGCUCGCAAUCAUUUGUAAUUGUAAGUUGUAACGCGGUCGAACAGAAGUGUAAAAAAAUAACUCCAAAAUGUAUUAGGAAUAUUAAAAAGAAAGGGAAAACCUUCUCCAAGUUUAACUGUGGAACUCGAUGGUUUGUUAGGUCUAUUGUCCUCUGAGUAAACGUUUAAUAGUGAACAAGUUCUCGAACAAUGAUCGACGUCUGGCAGAUGAUUCGGGGAUCGAAAAAGGAAGCAUUUCCAUGUCGACUCGUUUCGUGUCUUGAUUAUCCAUUUCUUUUCAUUUUUUUUUUUUUUUACGAAUAUUUAUAACUUUUCGGUAUUUUAGUGGGAUAAUUUAACGAAGAGCGUGUUUAAAAGACGUACAGGUGUUUCUUGCCUUUUUCAUUCAUAAUUUAUUAUUCAGUUUAACCCUUUUAACCCGACAUCCUUGCACGAUAAAUAAACUUUAAUUUGAAAUAUUACAAAUUUCUGCAAGCUACUUAAAUUUCCAUUUAUAAAAUUAACACAAAAUUUAAGUACUGAGAUAUAAUAACCAACUAUUGCGACUGUAAUUGGAUAAACUAUGAUCUAAUAUUUAUUUAUUUAUUUAAUUGUACAAAUUAAUGUCGAGUUAGAAGAGUUAAUAAAAAAUCUACGAUUCGAUGUACAUUUUUGUCUCAGAAAGGUAUGAAAAUUUCUUUCUGCGAUUGAAUACUUGAAAAAGAUAAGAAACAACCGGGAGCACCCUGAGGUCUCCAGAAGUGAAAAGACCAUAAACGACUCUUGGAACCUCGAAUUCUUCAUUCCACGGCCUAACGUUUCGUUUUCGAGGUUCGAUCGAAGUCGAAUUGCGCGAGAAAAAUGGUCCAAAAAAAAUUUGUACGACCACGUGUGAAAAGUAAAAUGAAAGAAAAACGAAUUGCGAGCGAACGAGGGGACGAGUACAGCUAACUCGUCCACAAAAGAGGAUCAAGUAAUUAUUUUUGUAUGAGCGAAUUAUUUAAUAAUCGAACGUCGACGAUGAUUUCAGCGAUUGUUUUUCAUCGAUCUAAUAAGCGUGAUUCGUUCGAACUAUUAGGUUGUUGCAGAUGAAAUGGAUGAUUCAUUUUAACUCGGAAAAGUUUAUAUUUUUUUUCAAGUCACAAGUCGUUUAAUAUUGUAUAUUGUGUAUCGGAUUCGGUCCUAUUUUCAUUAAAUAUUGUAUUAAAUUUUCUGCAACAUAAAAUAUACUGACUGAAAUCCACCAAAAAAUAAUACACAAAUUUUACUUUAAUCCAUUGGUUGCUCUAAUUGAUAACCAGUUAUUUUGUAUUAACAAUAUUAAUAAAAGCUUUAUGUAGUUAUUUUCGUGACUCUUUAAGCUUUAAAUUGACGUAAAAUAAGUGCUGUUUUCCGAAACUUUUAUGUCAUGAAAUAAUUUCCAAAGUCAGUCAUUCGAUGUGCAACAACCUGAUACAAUACUUAAGUCCCUCUCUUAAUGUUCUUUUUUUCGCGUAUCUAUUUAACGUGUAUGAUAACUGCAUUGCAUCUUCCACUGCCAGUAUUUAAGUCGUAUUUAUUCGUCGUCCACAAACGACCCCACGAGCAAUACACUAUUUGCAGGACUCGUUUGUUAUCGAUUGUUCUUCUCGCACUUUCGGGCACCCUUAUCGAUGGCAAAGAAACUUUGUAGACAAACACGAUUGAACCCUUUGCGCAUUCCUCAAGUGCAACAUAAAUAGUGCACUUGGAAUGCAAAGGAUUAAUCGAUGAAAUACUCAGCAGUGUUCAGCGUUUUUCAACCCUUUUCGAUACGAAAGCGACGACUGAACGUGUUUCUUCGAAAUACAAUUUCGAUUAAUCUUCUUCCGUCAGAGAAUUUUAACGUGUCGACUAUCGCGAAGGAUCAUUAAAAAUUAAAUUUUUAAAUAUAAAUUCUCGCUAUCUCCGUCAUUUAAGAGUUAAUAUAAUCAAAUUACUUAAAUAAAAAAAAAAGAUGUUAAACCAAUUACCCAACUUUCUGAUUAAUUAUAAUAAUGCCAAUUACCGUAUUAAUUUAGCAACAGUUUAGAAACAAUUAAAUUUCUUGGAGUUUUUCAAAAAGAUUUUGAAAAUCGUAUCGAAAGGGGAUCAAUCGAAGAAGAAAACCUUAUUGUUCUUACUAUAUAUUUAGAUUACGUUAGAUCAUAUUAUAUAGUCGUUUACGUUAUUAUUCUUGUAUCAGCAUCCUGGAUGCGGUAAUAAUUUCUUGUAACGUCGUUUCUUUUUAUAGUAUUUUCUUCUCUACGAUGAAAUUACUUUUGCUAUUUGUAUACUCGUUUCAUAAGCGACGAUAUUUUCAUAAGAAAAAGGGACGUACAGUAUCGAACAAAGAAAUCUUCCUUAGGGAAAAUGAAGAAGGGAGGAAUCCCUGAGGAAACUUACUUUGCUCGAAACUGUACAAGCACGUCGUAGAGUCGUCGCAUUAUCGUUGCUGAUUUUUCUCUUUGUAUACCGUAGCAAAUUAAUAGGUGUACCAUAAUAGCGAUGUAUUUUAACGAUUUUCAUAGUAUUAAUAGUAAGAUAAGUUCGGCUGUCGCGUUGCGUUUCGAAUAGAAAAUUCAAUUUUGUCGCGGGGUUAAAUCGUUUGGUUACACAGCCAUGGAUUAUUGGACAUUUGUUGUUAAUAAAUAUUUGAAAAUAGCAGGAACAGACAUACCUAAUGGUGAGCUUUCAGAAUUUUUCUAUCUCCCUAAAAGAAAUUAACUAUAAUUUUUUUUAAUUGUGUUUGUAAAGGAAUAUAUUGAUUUUAAUUAAUAACUACUUAAUUAUUCAAUAACAUGUCAUAUAAAAAAAAAAUUAGAACAAAGGAUUUAAAAUGGUUCCAGUUCGAAGACCAAGUAAUCAAAAAAUUAUUGUAAAAAUUCUGAAAGCUCAUCGAUCCCGUUAAAAAAAAAUGAUACAGAAAAUAGGUAAAGUGUAAAGCAAGCCUGAAACCUGUAUUAACACCGCUGAUUACACGAAGGAAGUUGCGAGGGCCGUAGUCAUUAAUGUAUCCCGUAUUCGACCAAAACAUACGUGCGAGUAACGUCUCCUUGUAACAAGAUUAAUGUAAUUCGGGGACGUUUUAAGAAGAACGAAGGAGGAUAAGAUGCGAGAAUUUAAAAAAUGAAGGGAGAGAGAUAUAGGUUUUUUCUACGAAGCUUACGUCUAUACUGGACAAUAAUGGAGAUGAAGGAGAGACGAGAGGAUUCGAUUUAAAAAAGAAAAAAAAAACGUACGGUUUGAGGAUAGUGUUCGAGACUUGUGAUUGCUCGAAAUUCCUACGAGUUAUAUUUGUACAUUUUACUUUAUGAAGAAAACCAUUUAAUAUAUUUCACGAAAUCGGUGGACUUAAAAAUAGCGCAUGCGACUGAAGUAUACCAGUUUUAAGAGUCUUACGCUUAAAAGUGUAGCAAAUGCUUUCGUUCUCGGACCAGCCUACAAGUGUAUUUCGUCGAAGAUGAUGAUGAUGAAGGAGAGAAAUGAUGUGACGCGUCGCGAUUAUUCUAUGGCCGCGUCGGAAAAUGCAAAAAGCAUUUGUUUCGUCGACUCAACUCACUACCUAAAUAACUGUAAACUGCGUAAUAAAUAUAAUUAUUAUUGUUCCUUCUC